AUGAAAGAGGUCCAAGAGGCUAGACGAAUCAAAAUGCUGCAUCAGCCAAGCAAGGUUAUGGACAUGGAACAUGAACUUCGAGCAUUGAGGGCACAGCUCACAGAGAAGUCUAAGAAUUCUGUUCGACUUCAGAAAGAGCUGGCAAUGAGUAAGAGGGGCUUGGAACAAAAUUCCCAACUAUAUGAAUUAGAUGGCCCUGAAGCCUUAGGUUCAUAUUUGCGAAUUCAACCUUGCUCUGAUGAUGCUCCAGAACUUUCCAAGUGUUCGAUUCAAUGGUAUCGUGUAUCAUCUCAAGGUGGCAAGAAGGAGCUUAUAUCAGGUGCUAUAAAAUCAGUUUAUGCCCCAGAGCCUUUUGAUGUUGGGCGAAUCUUGCAAGCUGAUAUUAUUUUGGAAGGCCAGUGGCUAACAUUGACAACCGCUGGUCCCAUUGAUCCUGCUGCUGGUUUGGGAAGCUAUGUGGAGGCACUUGUGCGGAAGCAUGAUAUUGAGUUCAAUGUAGUUAUUACCCAAAUGAAUGGGGUCAAUCAUCCCUCAGAAUCUAUUCAUGUAUUUCAUGUUGGAAAGAUGAGGAUUAAACUUUGCAAGGGAAAAACAACAAUUGCUAAAGAAUACUUUUCUACUUCGAUGCAGCUAUGUGGAGUUAGAGGAGGUGGGAAUGCUGCAGCUCAGGCAUUGUUUUGGCAAGCAAAACAAGGACUUUCCUUUGUAUUGGCAUUUGAAUCGGAACGAGAGAGGAAUGCGGCCAUCAUGCUUGCCCGGAGAUUUGCUUUCGAUUGUAAUAUCAUGCUAGCUGGGCCGGACGACAGAGCUCCCUUAGAAACUAACGGAGCCCCAUAA